AUGCUAAAUUUAUUUGCAUUAAAAAGUUCUGUGUUAACACAUACAACAAAAAAUGUUCUCACUAGUGUAUUGCCAAUGCAACCCAUACGAACAGCUUUUCUCUACGAAUCAAAACAUCGAGUUAAUAUUAUGAAACGUAUGGCUGUGCAUGGCAUUCAUAAUCAUUUAGGACGAAAGAGAGGUCAAGUUUAUCUAUGGGAGAAAUUAAUCAAAGGCGAUGAAGUUCUUGUCGAAGCGCCAUUCUUUCCGUUUACAGAAGCAGCUAAAGCUGCAAAUAAACCUUACUGUGAAUUGCAAGACAAAUAUAAACCACUUAAAACUGUACGAAUACCACGGCCAGAUCCUUGGCUUGAUCGAAAAAGUUUCAAACAUACCAAAAAAUUCUAG